AUGAAAUCCGCUGCGGCGUUUUGGGCGUUUGCCAGCCUGCAGUCACUGGCCCAGGCCGUGACCAUUGCUGAGAUCAAUGGAAACAAGUUUCUCUCACCCUACUCCGGUAAGGCCGUCACUGGCGUAAGCGGCCUGGUGAUUGCGAAGGGCCCCAACGGGAUCUGGAUCCGUUCUACGACCCCUGACGACAACGACGCCACAUCGGAGGCCGUUUAUGUUUACGGCGCUAAUGCUACAAGCAACCUCGUUGUUGGGGACAUCGUUUCCCUCGAUGGCAAAGUUUCUGAGUACCGGUCUAACGCGAACUACAUUUACUUGACCGAAAUCACUUCCCCCACCAACGUGAAGGUGGUGUCGUCCAAGAACACCGUCACGCCCCUCGUCAUUGGCAAGGACACCGUAGCUCCCCCGACCGUGCAAUACACGAGCCUCGAUGGCGGUGACAUUUACGCCGUCCCGAACGGUGUUGCCAACAUUUCCGCCAAGAACCCGGUACUUGAGCCGACCAAGUACGGCCUGGACUUCUGGGAGAGCCUCAGCGGCGAACUUGUCACGGUCAAGUCGCCCCGCGCCAUCAAGACCCCGAACAAGUAUGGCGAUACUUGGGUUGUGGGAAACUGGGCCGUCACUGGAGAGAAUGAGCAUGGCGGUUUGACCAUGACUGAUAAGGAUUCCAACCCCGAGGCCAUCAUCAUCGGCUCGCCCCUUGAUGGAACCAAGAACUCCCCGGAUUCCCGCAUGGGGGAUCAAUUCGAGGAUAUUGCAGGCGUUGUUCAGCAGGCUUUUGGGUUUUACACCAUCUUGCCCCUUACCGCCCUCAAAGCCACCACCAAUGCGUCCACCACUGUCUCUCCCGUCGGUUUCGUCAGCGAAGGCACCUGCAAGGGCCUGACCGUCGGCGAUUACAACGUCGAGAACAUGGCCCCGACCUCUGCCCACAUGCCUAAGAUCGCGGCGCACAUUGUCGACUACCUCAAGACCCCAGAUCUCCUCUUUAUCCAAGAAAUCCAGGACGACAGCGGCCCGACCGACGACGGCGUUGUCUCGGCCAACAAGACCCUCACGGCCCUCACUGGUGCCAUCGCGUCCCUUAGCAACGUCACCUACGCUUUUGCUUCCGUCGAGCCCGUCUCCGACCAGGACGGCGGCCAGCCCGGUGGUAACAUCCGCGUGGCGUACCUGUAUCGCCCGGAGAUCCUGAGCCUUUACAAGCCCAACCAGGGUGGACCAACCGAUGCGACUGAAAUCGUGCCUGGGGAGACCGGCAGCACCAGCCCCUGCAAGAGCAAGCGGGCUGCUGGUUCCUCCCCAUCUUUGUCGUUCAACCCCGGCCGUAUUGACCCGACCAAUGCGGCGUGGACGAGCAGCCGGAAGCCUCUGGCCGCUGCGUGGCUGGCCAAGGGAGCCGACAAACCCUUCUACACCAUCAAUGUGCACUGGUCAAGCAAGGGUGGCGGUACCUCGCUCCAUGGCGAUAUCAGGCCCCCGAUCAACGGCGCGUUGGACUCUAGACUCGCACAGGCCAACGUUACGGGCUCCUUCAUCGCCGAACUCCUGGCACUCGACCCUACCGCGAACGUCAUCACGGCUGGCGACUUCAACGAGUUCACCUUUGUGCAACCCCUCAAGGACUUCUCGGCUAUCUCGGGGUUGAUUGAGCUCGACGAGGCGGUCAACACCCCUCAGAACGAGCGUUACACCUACGCCUACGACAUGAACUCCCAAGCGUUGGAUCACAUCUUUGUCAGCCCGUCGCUGGCGGAAAGCCAGAGCACCACCUUCCACCACCUCCACCUCAACUCGUGGGCCUCGUUUGACGAUGUUGUAUCGGACCAUGACCCGAGUGUUGCCCUGUUCGAUGUGUGCGGGUAA